AUGUACAGGACAUCUACAAGGACUGGUCGUGAAAGGAAAUUGAGCAAGAGGAAACAGAAGCUGAAGAACGAGGAUGACAAGAACGCGUCGUCAGUGGUCAGUCUGAGCGAAGAUAAGAAGGCUGAGCUUCGGGAGCGUGCCCGACUUUUAGCGAGAACAUUAAGCCGCCUUCAAGAAGAUGGUCAAGGAGAAUCAGAGUCAAUGCUGUCAAGGCCAUCUGGAAGUGAAGAUAUAGCCGGACCUUCUGCAAAGAGCCACGAUCAAAGGGAAUCGAAGUCAAUAAAGAAGAAGAAAAAGCGUAAACCUUGGAGAGAGGAACGCGUGAAAUCAACGCCGGCAAAGAAGCAGCACGAAAAGUCCAGAUCCGCAACACCAUCAGUCGAGAAAGCCGACGACAGCUAUGUGCUCGGAUGUCUUUUGAAAUCGGCCGGUGUCCGUUGUGCUAUGAACCAUGAUGACCUGAUCAGUGACGAGCCUUCUGGUUACCUCGUGGAGAAAGAAGCUGACGCUGUCGCAACUCGAGCCGCCAAAUCCAUUCGUAGA